AUGCGCGUUGCUAGCGACUUUCUGCUCAGCAUCGUUUUCGUUGCAAAUGCUCUGGCUGAUGUCAUCACCGUUGGGCCAGGAGGAACGUGCUGUCCGGGCAAUGCUACUAUUCAAGUACAGGCCCUAUACUUCUCACACGUCUUUUUGAUGACAGCCACGAUCGAUCCAUUCGACCAAGGUGAAGAUCUCAUCAUUUCGAUUGUUCCAAGCAUUGUUGUCACGAGCCUCACGGUCACGUCGACCAUCGAGGAUGAGCUAUCUUUACAAUGCUUCGCAACUGCUACUUCCACGUCUUCACCACGAUCAUCUCAAAACUCUGCCGCAGUUUCGGCGAAUCCAGCGCUAGAAACUGCUACGACCAGAUCUAGCGCGCAAUCAAUUUCGACAACGAUCUCUCGCAGAAACUCAGCCUCUACAUCGGCAUCCAGUACGACUCCCAUUUCGACCACAGCUCUAUCGCCAACCCUGGUCCUCACAACGUUGCGUUCAUCGGAUACGACAUCUGCUUCGCCAUCAAGCACGCCAGAGCCGACCUUUUUCCUUGCGUUCAACGCAAUGCUAGUGCCCGACCCUUUCCGUCGCGGAGAACUUAAGCCUGCGGCAAAGCGACAAGAUUCGUCACCACAGGAUGAAGAUUCCACACCAGCCGUAGUGAUCGAUCUCACUCCCAUUCCAAUCGUACUCAAUGCUACCAAUAUCGUACUACCUGGGCAGUGUAAUAACGCUACGGCCUUCACGCUGGAAGAUGGUCGACUAUCCCAGGCGGGAACAGAUGGUGCCAUUGGUAAAGCAUUUGGUGCAACUGAAGCACCCUUGGAGAUACCGGACGCCGAUGUUAUGGACAUCGUCAAUACGACCUUCGCGGUCUCAGACGGCAUGUUGACGUGGAUGGCUUCAGAUGGUACAGGAGCUGCUCAGUUCUUUGCCUGUCCCGAUGGCGUUUUCGCUGGUUUUCCGAUCAUUAGCAGAGCGGACUGUCGGCCGGUACAACUGUCACUGUACAGCAUCAAUCGGUGUGUUAGUCAACGCUCAUCAACCACAAGCACAGCCGACAGAUCUACUGUGUCGUCCAGGAUAACAAGCAGUAGUUCGAUGACAUCUUCGACUUUGGUCACUCCAACGAUAGAGAUUGCCACAUCUGUCAGUAGCUCCAUAUAUUCGUCGGACUCGAGCUCGUCGAGUGCUAGCGCCGCUGCCACAUCCAGUGCUACAACAGUCACUAUAGAAUCAAGAACUGCCACCGCGACAAGCUCCAUGACCUCUGCCUCGACCUCGACCUCCGCUAUCUCCCCAUUGAGUCGAAGUCCAACAAUCGUACCGGAACCUUCUACCAUGACUGAAGCCAUUGUCACACCAGCAUCUUCAUCUCCAAGUCCUAGUGCCCCCGGCACCAGCAGUACUGCUCCCGCCGGCACAUCUGUCAGUUAUGCAAACUCGACUCAACCUCCACUCACCGUGGCGCGCAAACGCAACCCAAGCGCCACUCGAAAGAGUCGCAGAGCCGCCGCUAAGGAAGCAGCAAAAGCCAACGAAGUCGCACUAGAGCAAGAGGCUGCAACAAUCCACACCGCCACCUUCAUUUUCAACCAACACAGACGCCGUUUCGAUGGCGUACGCACAGUCAAGAUCGUUCGCACUCUUGAGCAAGCCAAAAAAAUCCACAAGGAGAGUGAGCUGGUCAAUUGUGCUGUACAGGCCGUACGGACAGGCAUCAAGAAGAGCCACAAUGGUGCGACAUCCAGCGACGAAUCGAGCGGCGCGUCAGACAACGAGAACGAAGACUAUGUUGACGAUGUCACUGAGCUAGAAGAUCUUCAAGGCCAUAUUCUCAUCUUCAAGCUGCGCGGCAGCCGAGGCAGGGGCUGGUAUCCCUUCAGCAAGGACAACUCCACCAAGGCAGUUGGAGAACUGGCGAAGGCAGCGAAGAAUGGUAAAGCCGACGAGAAGAUUCGUUUCAGAGUGUAUUUAGGGAGACCAGAGCACGCUCGACGAGCUCGCGCUGCUCUCAAAACGAACGUGCCUUGA